GACGCAACCAGAGCGAUGACAUCGGACAAAAUAACAACGAGUAUAGAUUUCUUUGCUUGACAUCGCAUCAUUUUUACUGCCUCUGUCUGGCCCGUCCCUUGAUACCCGUUUGAUCCGCUCCGACGUCAUGGUCGAUAUCGAUCCGUGGACCAUGUGAAACGGAUCAGCCAUAACGUAGGAUUUUGGCAGAAACUCUAAUCCCGGUCGAAUAAAUAGGGGUCCUGGACACCUCUCUGCCGACGGAUCAACCCUGUCGAGUCGCUCAGCAUGUCCUCCACCAGCGCCGUCAUCGACUACACAGACUUCUGGUCCAAAGCGCACAUUCUCCACCCCUUCACGACCGGCACAGCCGCAAUCCUCGCCCUCUGGCUCUGGAUCCGCAUAGCCUCAAACCGCACCCUCUCCCCCUCCACAACCUUCGACUGGAUCGCCUCGGUCUCUCUUGGCUCAACACUUUCCCGAACUAUAACAUCUACCCAACCUGCUUUGAAUCUGUGCCGGGGCUUGUUCAGUUUAUUGGUGAUUUUACUGUUUCAGGCGGUGUUGGAUUGGCUUUUGGUUCUGUUUCCACGGAAGCUGAAUUGGAUUCGGAGUCCGCCUGUUAUGGUCGUUUGUCGGGGACGGAUGUUGCAGGGAGUCAUGAAGGUAAAUCGGAUUGCUGAGGCGGAUAUCUGGAUUGCGAUGAGGUCGAAGGGAGUUAGGGCGGUGAAGGAUGUUGAGAUUAUGGUGUUGGAGGCGACGGGGCAGUGGUCGAUUUAUCCGAGGAGUGAGGACGUGGAGAUGGUGGAGGCUUGUUUGAAUGUUCCGGGGUAUGUGAAGUGGUUACAGGAAAACGAAGGAUCUGGGGUUAAACAAGCUGGGGGUAGACGGGUCCAGGAUUUGAGUGAUGGAACAUUACGGGAUGAUGAUGUGGUAUGAUCUCAGGACCCAUCGAGGUUGCGCUUUCAAGCAAAGAAUUAAAGCAGAAUCUCAUAAAACAUCGGACGUCCCAUUUCGUCCAAAGUCUCACAGUGCAUUCCCACGCCGACCCUCCGCCUUUGCCCCCAUCGAUUUCGCCUGCUGCACCGUCCGUGCUGUCAACGCGCGACUCAGACAUCCCACGCAUUAGCACACCCGCCUUUUCCGGACACCACCAGCUCUUGUAUGGAGAUCUAGAAAGUCGAUUGCUCAUACUGAUUCCAUGAUUGGUCCUCGGCCGUUGCUAGAUUUUUGCCCCCCCC